AUGGAGAAACUGAGAAAAGAUGCCAUUAGUGAAAAAGAGGAAGAAAAAGAAGAGAAAUACCAAAAGAAGAAUAAGUUAACUACGUGGAUGGAAGAUCAAAUGGAGAGAAGUUCUCAACGAAUCUCAAAGGACAAAGGUAAUCACUUUACAGAAAUGGUAAAAGAAUCUCAAAAAAAUUUAAAGGAAACUAAUAUGUUAACCCUUGAUAUGCCUACCAAAGAGUUUACAGAUAUGCUUCUAGCUCAACAAGAAUCCUUUCAAAUGAAAAAUGAGAGUGCAAAGAAGGAGGAGGAAACUAUAAUGUUAGCACAGUUCCUGCAGCAGACAUUUAAUAAUGAUGUGACGAAUAAAACUACAAAAGUUCAAAAAGAAAAAAGAAAAGAACCUCAAACAAGUGUAUUUCUCACAAAUCAAAGUGAUAUGAAAUGGAAUAAAAUGUCCAAGCAACACAAUGUCCUUCUUUAUUGGAAGUUGUUAGGGGAAAUUGCACAACGUACACAAGCCCAGUACAUUUGUACAGCACCAUGUGUUAAUCCUGCUUCUCUUAAUGCAUGGAAACAAGCUUGGAUUUCUACUUGUAUAUAUAGUAAGAAUGAAAUAAGAGAUGAACCAUUUUUGUCAACCUUAAAGUCACUUCCAAUUGUAAAUGCGUUGUGGCCUCUUCUUUCUCCUACACAAUUGGAAAGAGAGAAUCGGUUAGCUUCUUUAAAUGAAGGAUUUAUUCAGAGUAAUGGAAAUUUAAAAGAUGUACUUCUUUUUACACCUUCCUAUUUAAAACAGGAUCUUCAGUCUACCAUAAGUAAGAUUCCUCCUUCGAUUUUGCAACAUGCAUUUAGUUAUGUAGUCUCUCAGAAAAAACAAAAGAGACGGGAAACGCAAAUACUUCAUGAUGGAGGUAGUUUACGUUUAUUUUGCUCUAGUAGCAGAGAUAAUAAUAAAGAUGAUAUGCUACGCCUAUUGGGAGCUGGGGCUAAAGGACGUAAAUUAUUACUAUCAGGACUUUCUACAGAGCAAUUGUCUUGUCUGCAUGAGAUGGAAAUGAUUUUUCGUGAGAAGAGUAUGAAGAGAGUACUGGAAGAAAUGAUUCAAAGUGCUCAUGUGGAGAAUGAUGAUAAGUGUUCUUCUCAUUUACUUCUUACUGUGCCACCUGAUACAGAACCUUCUGUUUUGAUAGAGUCACUCCGAUUUUUACACUCUAGAUCAGAUUAA